ACAGAGUUUCCGGCGAAAGCAUCCUCAACAAGGAAAACUUUAUUGAACCUGAAGGGGCUGGGGGGAGGGGGCCGCCGGGCCGGGCCGGGCCGCGGCCUGGGCGAAGAUGUCGGUGAACUACGCGGCCGGGCUCUCGCCUUAUGCGGAUAAGGGCAAGUGCGGGCUCCCCGAGAUCUUCGAUCCCCCUGAAGAGCUAGACAGAAAAGUAUGGGAACUGGCCCAGAUGAUUCAGAGAUCUUCCAACGUGGUCUUUCACACGGGUGCAGGUAUCAGCACUUCCUCUGGCAUCCCAGACUUCAGGGGCCCCCAGGGUGUGUGGACCAUGGAGGAACGGGGCCUGGCACCCAAGUUUGACAUAACGUUUGAGAGUGCCCAGCCUUCUAAGACCCACAUGGCCCUGCUACAGCUGGAGCGAGUGGGCAUCCUGAAGUUCCUGGUGAGCCAGAAUGUAGAUGGGUUGCACGUGCGCUCCGGCUUCCCCAGGGACAAACUGGCUGAGCUCCAUGGGAACAUGUUCGUGGAAGAAUGUGCCAAGUGUAAGACGCAGUAUGUACGUGAUGUGGUGGUGGGCAGCAUGGGCCUCAAGGCAACAGGACGGCUGUGCACUGUGGCAAAGGCCCGAGGCCUCCGGGCCUGCAGGGGGGAAUUGAGGGACACCAUCCUGGACUGGGAAGAUGCCCUGCCUGAGCGAGACCUCAACCUUGCUGAUGAAGCCUGCAGGAAUGCAGAUCUCUCCAUCACUCUGGGUACAUCACUGCAGAUCCGACCUAGUGGCAAUCUACCUCUGCUCACUAAACGCAAAGGAGGCCGCUUGGUCAUAGUCAACCUGCAAGCCACCAAGCAUGACCGCCAGGCUGACCUUCGAAUUCAUGGCUACGUCGAUGAUGUCAUGGCCAAGCUCAUGAAGCACCUAUGCUUGGAGAUUCCUGAGUGGCAGGGGCCCCUUGUGGUGGAACGGGCCCCACCCCUGCUACCCCUCCCAAUACAGUUGAAGGCUGAGCCCCUCACCCUGCCAGCCCUGCCUGCGACACCCAAGGCAGAGCCCCCUGCCCAGCGCCACAGACCACAAGAAGGCAGCAAACGGGAGCAGCCCCCUGCCCCCCGGCUGCCCAAGAGGGUGAAGGUGGAGCCUAUGCCCAGCUGAAUUGGCUUGAGACGGCAUGUGGACUCCUUUCUGAGCCCCAGUUCUCCCUCACUGUACAGAGGGGGAGCACAUUCAAGUGAUAUCUACAGGCCUGUCCAACCCUCAGUCCUGGUGACAGUGUGGCCUAGUAGAAGGAGCACUGCACUUAGAGUCAGAGGACUUGGGUUCAGAUCCCAACCUGUGUGACUUUGGAAAAGUUGCUCCACUCCUUUGGGCCUUAUAGUUUCAUUAUCUGUAAAAUGAAGUUGAACUAACUGAUCUUGAGGAAUCUUUUCACUUCCCAUAAACUAUGAUCUUGUGAUGGAAAUGGGCGAGUCUGGGUGGGUUUUUUACUUUUAAAUAAAUUUGAUUUCCUUUUUCA